AUGCUGCCGGGCUUGGUUGUCUGGGCAGCAGCGCAGAGCUGCGGGGUGGUCUUGCAGAAGAAGCUGGAAUGGGUGGAAAUCAUCGAGCCUCGAACCCGGGAGCGCAUGUACGCCAACCUCAUCACGGGGGAGUGCGUGUGGGACCCUCCUGCCGGGGUGCGGAUCAAACGCACGAAUGAAAACCAGUGGUGGGAGCUCUUCGACCCCAACACUUCCCGUUUCUACUACUACAAUGCCACCACGCAGAGGACAGUGUGGCACCGGCCACAGAACUGCGAUAUCAUCCCUCUGGCCAAGCUGCAGACCCUGAAGCAGAACACGGAGUCGCCGAGGGCUUCCACGGAGAACAGCCCUGGGAGGAGCAGCAAUGUCAGCAGGGAGGGCAGCACCAGCUCCUCCCUGGAGCAGGAGCUGGAGGGCAACGAGAAGGUGCAGGAGCAGAGAUCGAGCCGUCAGUCAACCCAGUAUGCCGUAGUGAAAGAAGAAACGGAAAGUUCGUCGCCUUCCGGAGUGUUUGAGAAAGAAUAUGACAUUUAUCGGGAUUACAGUGCGGAAGGUCAACUCCUCCACUACAGGACGUCGUCCCUGCGAUGGAACGCCGGCACCAAGGAGCGGAUGCUGAUCAAGGUGACCGACCGUGAUCCCAGCUUCCUCAUGCACCAAGGCAACGGCUACGCACCCGAAAACCAACCGGGCACCCGUUCGCGGCGACCCUCAGGGGGCCAACAAUCGCCCAACCUGCAAACCUUCGCCCCCGACACCGACAACUCUGUUUUCUUCCCGGAGAGGAAGCAGUCACCCUUCUUGAAGAGGGCUGAGCACGUGGGCAGCUGCUCGCCGCUGCUCGGCCGGGGGGACUCCUUCUGCUCCCCGCUCCAAGCCCAGCACCGCAAGCACUCCAGCGAGUCGCAACCCUCCUCGCCCCGCUACGCCUACGAGCCCCCCCUCUACGAGGAACCCCCCAUGGAGUACCAGGCUCCCAUCUAUGACGAACCCCCCGUGGACAUGCAGUACGAAGCCAGCGGGAGCUACAAAGCUGGCUCGCCGCAGAAAUCACCCAUCCGUAAACCUCACCCCUUCCUGCAAUCACCCAAGCAAGGCUCCAACUCGCCCUACCAGCAGUUGGUGCUCACCAAACAGAAGUGUCCCGACCGGUUCAUGAGCCUGGAGUACAGCCCUGCCGGCAAGGAGUAUGUCAGGCAACUGGUCUACGUCGAGCAGUCGGGCUCCAGCCCCAAGAUGAAGACGGGGUUGAGGCACAAAUAUUCCCCCAACCCCAUCGGCGGCUCCUACUCGCUGCAGCACAGCCCCUGCCUGGUCCGGGACCAACGCUUGGAGAUCAAAUCGGGUGACUACAGCAGCAUGGAGGGACCCGACUUCUGCCCUGGCCCAACAGGUGGCCAGGUGGCCCAGGGCGAGGACUCCAUGUCGUGGUCCAGCCAACAGGACACCUUGUCCUCCACCGGCUACUCGCCCUCCACCAGAAAGAGGAAAAGCCGAAAGCCUUCCCUAUCCCACGACCCCAACGCCUCCUCCACGGACGGCUCAGGGGACCGGGAGGUGUUGGGCGAGCAGAUGCUGGGUGAGGAACGAGCCACCCCGGGAUCCAACAGGUCACCGAUGAACCGUACGGAGAGCAAGGCGGUGGAGGCGGAGGCGGCGCGGGGCUUCCCCGAGCCCUUCCUGGCACAGGCGCGCCUGGCUUGGGAAGCUCAGCAAGCCCACUACCACAUGAAACAACGGAGCAGCUGGGAUUCCCAAAAGGACGGUUCGGGCUACGAGAGCGACGGUGCCCUCCCUUUACCCAUGCCAGGUCCGGUGGUGCGAGCCUUCAGCGAGGACGAGGCGUUGGCGCAGCAGGAGAACAAGCACUGGAAGAGGAACACCUUCGAGAAGCUGGGCUUCCCCCAGAUCCUGCUGGAGAAGAGCGUCUCUGUGCAGACCAACCUGGCCUCCCCCGAGCCCUACUUGCAUCCGUCUCAGUCGGAGGAUCUCGGUGCCUGCGCCCAGUUUGAAAGCAGCAGACAGACCAGGAACAUGAUGCCUAGCGCCAGCUGUGUCUUCCCCACCUUCAACCUGCGGAAGCCCUCCUCGGAGACGGACAUUGAGAACUGGGCCUCCAAGCACUUCAACAAGCACACCCAAGGGCUCUUCCGCAGGAAGGUGUCCAUCGCCAACAUGCUGGCCUGGAGCAGCGAGUCCAUCAAGAAACCCAUGAUCAUGACCAACGACCGCAACGUCAAGAAGGAGGCGUGCGAAAUAUUUAAACUGAUUCAGAUGUACAUGGGGGACCGGCGGGCCAAGACGGACCAACUCAACGUGGCCUUGGAGAUCGCCACCAAAGGCUGGAGCAUGCAGGGUCUGAGAGACGAGCUCUACAUCCAGCUGUGCCGGCAGACCACCGAGAACUUCCGUUACGAGAGCCUGGCCCGGGGCUGGGAGCUCAUGGCCAUUUGUUUGGCCUUUUUCCCACCCACACCCAAAUUCCAUUCCUACCUAGAAGGAUAUAUUUACAGGCACAUGGAUCCGGUGAAUGACACUAAAGGUGGGCGAGGAACUCAUCCAACAGCCCUCCCGGAGGUGCAGCGAGCGCGGUGGUGCCUUUACUGCCGGCCUUUCCUCCCCGGCGCACGGAAAUCCAGCAUGAGACCCAACACGAAAUGAGCUUUGAUACCUUUGCUGCAGGCCCAGCGUCACCUCCACCGGGGGUGGCCGUAAGCGAGAGU